CAAAAUAUCUUAUCCAACACCAACAAGAAUAUGACACCUACCUUUUUAAUGAUUAUCAAGAAAGAAAAAUGUGUAAAUGCCUUCCGCUCACACCAUCACUACUGAUAUAGAGUUGACUUAACACUAGAGAGGGACAACAUCCGCAGCUGUUAAGAGUAAAAAAACAUGGGGGGAGGAACCAUGUUGCCACCAUAUACAACUACAGUACAAGGACACUCCAACAAUUCUUUCACUGCACCACGCACCCCCAGGGACUCCAAUUUCCAGUCUUCCCCUUCUUUGUCAUCAAUUUGUGACACACCCUUCGAAGAAUCUUGGAUCAAGAAUAGGAGUGUUGAUUAUGGUUCACUUGAUAAUGGAUCUUUUGAUGGGGUUGAUGAAAAGGGAACAAAAGGGUCUUCUUAUUAUGACUCUUCUUUUGGUUCUGUGCCUUCUAGCUGGGAGGUUGAAAAGGCCUUGUCUGAACUCCAAAGUUUUAUGAGUGGGCGUUAUGCUCCUAGAGAAGAGAUGGAUUGGCUUGAACCGAUGCCAAAUCCCCAUCAGUCGACUCUACUGCAAUCCCCUGGAUAUGCAAGAUUUUAUGAUGCUUUUCAUAUGCUUCAAAAUGAACCAUCAAUUCAGAGAUUGGUUUGCUCCAUAGCUUGUGAUAAAGCUGUUUGGGAAGCCAUGAUGGAAAACAAGGCAGUUCAGAAUCUUCAAGGCUCACUGAUAUGUGCAGCUAAAGAAGAAGAAUCUCAAAGACCAACUGGGGAGUCAGAUAUCGGAUCCCUGAUAGUGAAAUGGAUUAUGGGCAUCACAACUUCAACGCUCGCUGAGCUGAUCCAAUCGUUUGGAUCAUUACUGAGAGAAAUAAUCAAUGAAAUAUUUGAACCAACCAAGAAAGAAAAAUCCACUUCAGAACUCAAUGAUCUUUUGGAAGAGAAGAUUAGAUCUUCUUUCCUUUUAUCAUUGGUUCUGUUGUUGAUUGUGGUCGUGACAAGAAGCCAAGGUGUUUGAUCAGCAUCAAAUCACACGUGUAUUGUGGAUGAUACAUUUGCUACAUGCGUGACCUAGAAAAGAAACUACAGUGAGUAAUGUUUAAGAAGUUAGAGCCCUCACAAUUGCUUCCCUCUCUCGUUUUUAUCCGCUUAACAUAAAUUAUUCCAAGGUACUCCUUUUGUUAGAUUUGUGCACAAACAAAUUCUUUAUGGUUUUGUAUAGGGCACUAUUCUGACAGCA